AUGUUCACUGCCUGUGAAUUGGGAGUGUUUGAUCUCUUGGAAUCUGAAGGGUUCCUGACCUUCGAUGUCAUUGCUGAACGUUUAGGUACCAAUUCCCAAGGAAUGGAACAAUUACUUGAUAUCUGUGUGACCUUGAAACUUCUGAAGGUGGAAAUGAAGAAAGAAAAAGCUUUAUAUCAAAACACAAAACUUGCCACCCUGUAUCUCACCAAGUCUGGCCCUAAAACUCAGUACAAUAUGUUACUUUACAUGUCCAAAACUACCUACUCAUGCUGGAAUCACUUAACUGAAGCCAUAAGGGAAGGAAAAAACCAAUAUAUGAGGACAUUUGGUAUUCCAUCAGAUGAUCUUUUUGAAGCUAUCUACAGGUCAGAGAAAGAACUGGUAAAAUUCAUACAUGGCCUGCAUGAGAUUUGGAGUAUAAAUGGCAGAGAUGUGAUUACUGCAUUUGAUCUUUCCUCCUUCCCUCUCAUUUAUGAUCUUGGCGGUAAGUAUUAGCUAAAGAAUUAGGAAUUGCUUCAAACGUUCUAGAUGAGUUCUAAGAACCAAGGCAAAAAGCCAAAGCAUAAUGCUGGGAUUCUUCCUCUGUUUUUGUUUUGAGGUUGUUCAGGUGCCCUAGCCAAGGAAUGUAUCACCAUAUAUCCUGAAUGUCAAGUAACAAUAUUUGAAAAGGAAGAAGUGGUACAAGUGGCAAGGAAGCAUUUUCCAUUCCUAGAAGACCCCCGGAUCAGUUUCCACAUAGGGGACUUUUUCAGAGAUCCCAUUCCUGAAGCUGAUCUGUAUAUUUUGGCCAGGAUCCUUCAUGAUUGGGCAGAUAAUAAAUGCGUACAAUUGCUAAAAAACAUCCACCAUGCCUGUAAACCAGGCUGUGGUGUUUUAGUAGUUGAAACCCUUUUGGCUGAAGAUAAGAGGGGACCUUUGACAAGUCAGCUGUAUUCUUUGAACAUGCUGGUACAGACUGAAGGAAAGGAAAGGACUCCAACAGAGUACCACAAGAUCCUCACUCAGGCUGGUUUUCAAGAUUUUCGGUUCAAGAAAACUGGAAAAAUCUAUGAUGCAAUUUUAGCCAGGAAAUAAUUAUUUCCUAUCCCACAACUAUUAAUAUAAAAAAUAAUUUGAUUAGUCUUAGUGAACAUACAAUAUAAUCUACAAACUGCUUAGUGAAUAAUGGUAAACUACUCUAGGAAUCAAAUUCUUCCCUCCAAAAUGAAAGAAUAUCAUAUAGUAUUCUUAUAUGAUAGAUUCUCAGAGUUGGAAGAGAAGAUAGAUGUCAUCUAGAUCAAUCUUUACCUGGAGAAUGGAAGCACCAUUCUUAAUAGACAGCUAUCAGUUCUUAAAUAUAUCCUCUUACCUAUCUCUCCUUUACCUCCCAACCAGACAGAGAGAUAAAAGGAGAUUUGAAGGUAUCAUAGAAAAUAGUGAAGUAUGGAUAUCUAGAGUUGGAAGACCUCAGAGGUCACCCAGUUCAAUGUAUACCUGAAUAAGAAUCCUUUGUGCAAGAUAUUAGAGAAGUCAUUCAAUUUUUACCAUAAGACCCUAAAUGAGGGAAAACCCAUUAUCUCCAAAGACAGUUCAUUACAUUUUUAGUUUUCUCUGUUUGGGAAGCUGGUCUUUCAUUCAUUUUACCCUCUUCUCUUAUCCUUUUAUGUAACAUCUUUUGUGGCUCAAGUCUCUCAUUUGUAAAACAAUCUUAAUUCAUUGAAUAAAGAUACAUUAAAGAUGUUAUAA